AUGAAUAAAAGAUCAUAUAAUGAAGAUCCUCUUUUUAUUUCUCCAAAAAAACUAAAAAAAGAUCAAAUAACCACCAACAGCAAACCAUCACACUUAAACUUUCUAUCAAUCAUACCUGCUGAAGUAUUGUUUUUAAUAUUUAAACUUUUAUCCAAAAAAGAUAUAGUAAGUUGGUCAUCAUUAUCAAAAUAUACUAGGAUAAAAUUUUCACCAUAUGUUUUUGCAAACAUUAAAUUAUCUUGGGAUUUUCUUUUACAAUAUAAUGUCAAAAAUCUAAAAUGUACCUCCCCGUACUUCCUAUACGCUAAAAAUGUAAGAAUAACUGACAUUUGUGCUAGUCAUGAAUGGACUUUCCAAUUUUCAACACUUUUCGAGCACGAUUUUCCAAAUCUACGGUCCUUAGAAUUGACUACCGGUGGAUCUACCCAUUUUUUUAAAUAUCACUUCAAUUGCGAUAACUUUACAAGCUUAAACCUCAAAGCAAGUACAAGCAAUUUAGUUUUCAGCCAGGAGCACUUGAUAAAUUUUAGAAACUUAAAAGAAUUAGAGUUGCACAACUAUGAGAUUGAAUUUUUUGAGGAAAAUAAACAAAUUUGCCCCCAUUUAUCUAUUAUAGCCUUAAACAAUUGUAACUGGUCAUACCCAUUUGAAUUGAAAAAUUUUGGCUCCACUAAGAUUAAAAGUUUAAGUUUAAAAUAUUCAAAUUCAUUCAUUUUAAGUGAAAGAUUUAGAUUGUUUUUAACUAACCCAGGGUUAAUGAAAUUAGAAACUCUAAGCAUUAUUAAUGUAGAAAAAAAUUUAAAAUUGACUCUAUCUGUACAAUUAACACAUUUAAUCAAAAUGAUUCCAACAUUGAAAAAACUAGUAUUUCUGGGAAAUAUUUACAAUGAAACGUUAUGCACUUUUUCUAAACACGAUUUGGAUAAUUGCUUGAAUUAUAUUGCCUUAAAUGAUGUAAAGGUUUUUUAUAGCAGUUUCUUACAAGAAAUUUGA